AUGAAUCGUACAUACGGCAUCACGCCCAUCCACGAUACGCGGAAUAUUGUUACACUACCACCGUCGGUAUCGCCACUCUCCUGCGUAGUUACAUCUAACUACAUGUGGGUACUAUUCUCCUCUGGAGUACAUACUACAGUCCCUACUGCAGCUCUUCUCACCGAAAUUGAAAUUGAGAGCCUGUAUGGAGGGCGCACAGGUUCCCGCACGGACGGUUCUUGGCUUGGCACGUGCGAAUGUCCUAAUUGA